AUUUACAUCAAGCGCCUUGACAUCCACUUUUACUUUCACGCUCUUCGGGAGACGGUUCAACACAGCACUUUGUGUUCGUCAUGAUGCGCGACGCGCUCACCGGUUUGUGCAUUGGGAUUAUACUGUUAUUAAACAGCGGGUUUGUGGUUAUGAGGAGGCAGGACUCGUCUUCAGCUCUCGGCAGUAUUUUCCGAACGAGGUGCGCCGCCAGGUGCCUGAGCCUUCACAGCACGCGCAUCGCUCUCUCUCCAAGACAUUUCCAGAGUAAUGGAUCCCUUGGAUGGUGUCAGAGCCAUAAACAGUGUGCAAAGUGUCUGGAGCCAUGCAAAGACUCCUGGGAGUUGAAAGACGGACCUUGUCGAGAUUUAUGUGAGCACGCAUUUCCCAAGCGUCAUGGCGAGUGUGUGACAAGCUGUGAGUUCCUGCGAUCAGUGAUGGUGGUGAAACAGGGUGACUGUCCGGCACCAGAAAGAGCCAGCGGGUUUGCAGCUGCCUGCGUGGAGGGAUGUGAGGAAGACGGAGAGUGUUCAGCCCAGAAGAAAUGCUGCCCAAACGGCUGUGGACACACAUGCCAGUCCCCUAAGAACAUUUACAGGGGUGCUCCUCUGAAGCCCAGAAAGGAGCUGGUCUUUGAGGAGCUGGAGUCUGGAGUGUUGAAAGUGUGCUGGUCCUCCAAGUUCAAUGUGUCAGCGGAGCCGGUGCUGAAUGUUCUGCAGAGGAGGUGGAACUACGGCAUCCACCCCAGUGAGGAUGGAGCAACUGAGUGGCAAGUGGUGGCUAGAACAUCAGAAGAGCGUGUGUGGCUGACGGACAUUCGGCCCGGUCGCUGGUACCAGUUCAGAGUGGCAGCAGUCAAUGUUCAUGGAACCAGAGGAUACACCACACCCAGCAGACACUUCAGAUCCUCUAAAGAUCCUGCCCCUCCCUCGGCACCAUCUGAACUUCAUGUCAGUGACAUGACCUUUGGUGCAGAUCGCUCUGUGUCUGUUCGCCUCAGCUGGAGCAUGUCUGCAGAUUUAGACAUCCCUGUUAACUACUACAAACUCUCCUGGAGCUGUUCUGACCAUACUAUACCAUCCAAACUCAAGAGGAGACAGAUUACAAAUGGGGACUCUACCUAUGCUGAGCUGGAUGACUUGAGAGAGAACAGGAGUUACACUGUGGAGUUGCAUGCGGUUUCAUACUGGGGUCAGGUCCCUCUCAAGAGCUCCAAGGCCAUUCUUCAGUUUACUACAAGCCAAAGACAAUCUGAUUUGGAAAGCACAGUCAGCCCGGUCUUUAUAAAACCCCAGUCAGAUCUAUUAGACGUGGGCACUCCGUUCUAUCAAGAUGGUCAGCUUCAGGUCCGGGUCUACUGGAAAAAGAAAGAUCCCACCGUGAAUCGUUACCGUGUGCAGUGGUCUCCGGAAUUCUGCAGUCACAAUGGAUCCAGAACACAGGAGAAGCUCAUCACCCAGGAGAAUUUCGCCAGCCUUCCUGGCCUUCAGUUCUCUUGCAAGUAUAAAGUGAUCAUCCAGCCUGUAGGAUCAAAGGGUAGAGCCCAGGCAGAAAGCACGACCUUCUACACCCCGUCCUGUGCUACUAUCCAGAGCAAGAGUCCCAAACCCAUCCCCUGCUCCACAGUCUCAGCAGUUGUUCCUCCAAAGGUCCUGGUCAAGGCAGAGAACCUGACGGCAGCGUUCUCGGUCUACAUGGAGAACGUGACAGGCCUGUUCUCAUGGGUGGUGGCCAUGCCUCAACCGCCACAGCAGGUCACAGGAUAUCAGGUCACAUGGGCAGAGGUCAUCACAGAGAGCCGCAGAAAUAAUUUGCCCAACAGCCUCAUAUCCCAGUCUCAAAUCCUGCCUCCAGAGCGUAAUAUCUUGGUAGUUUCUGGUCUUCAGUUGGCAUCUCUCUACAGACUUGAGGUGCAGGUGAUCACAACAGGAGGGCAAGGCCCAGCAACCUCCAGAACCUUCCAGACCCCAGCUCACAGCAAGCCAGUCCUGCAUUACAAACCCAGGAUGAAGAAACACCAUCUAAGGUCGGUGAUAGAACGGCACUGAAGACCACACUGCAAUGAAUCAUCCUGGACCAGAACUGACUCCUCAGGAACCAGACGAACCAAAGAACAGUUAAUUGCGAAUCGCGUUUCAGCCUGAGCCAGUCAGCUGCCUCAUGACUCAACAUGAGGACCUGCUGUAAUCUGAAGAUCAAAUUUUGGUUGACGUUACGAUAUUUAAAGCCCCAGUAAUUUCCUGUGGGGGAUCAGCUGCCACAAACUAAUUAGAAUUGAGUAUGCAACAAAGACUAGGGCAUCAAAAGCAAAAGCCA